AUGCGCUUGUGGGAGAUGAAUGCUCUCCUGUGUAGCCUCGUGGUGUUUGCCACUUUUGUGACUUUCUGCCAUGCCCAGUGCUAUUUCAUACCCAUUGAGAACAUUCCAGAAUGCAAGGAUCUCAGUGGAGUAACCCACCAGGUAAACUCGAAGUGGAAGACUAAGAACUGUGAGCAGUGUUCUUGCUUGGAAAAUGGAAUUCAUUGUUGCAACACGGUUCCUGUACCUGUGGGUUAUGAUGAAAGCAAGUGCAAGAAAAUCUUCAACAAGGAGGCCUGCAGCUAUACUGUGGUGGAGCAGAAUAACCCAGAAAAAACCUGUACUGUCACUGAAUGGAUAAUGUAA